AUGGCACAAUCAACUUUCAUUAUUGGGAGGAAGAUCACUGAUCCCAUUCUGCUAGCUCAUGAAUUACUAAGAGGGCAUCAUAUUGAGUCUUCCACUACCAAGUGUGCUAUCAAGAUAGAUCUUAAGAAAGCAUUUGAUUCAGUCAAAUGGGAUUUUAUCCUAAGCUGUCUCAACCUCCAUAACUUCCCAUCUAAGUUCAUUUCUCUAUUACAGGCUUGCUUCACAUCACCCUUUUUCACCAUUGCCCUCAAUGGAGAGUUCCAAGGGUUUUUCAAAGGUAGGAGGGGAUUGAGACAAAGUGACCCCAUCUCUCCCUUUCUAUUUGUUAUUGUCAUGGAUACUCUGUCAUCCAUCAUUAAUGAAUAUGUAAAGAGAGCUCACACAUUCAAAUUCCAUUGGAAAUGUGGUGCUUUGAAGAUCACACAUCUCUCCUAUGCUAAUGACCACUUUCUGUUUUGUCAUGGUGACAUCACUUCAGUUUCAGUGUUGAAGUCUGCCCUUGAUCACUUCUGUUGUAUGUCUAGUUUAGACAUCAAUCUUUCCAAGAGCAAUGUAUACUUCUCUGGAACUGACCCACACACUGAAGCUGCAAUUACAGCCAUGCUAGGCGUAAUACCCCUAAUUUUAAAAUGA